AUGACUUCCUUCUACAUGACCUCAAGCCAACCUCUGGGCAGCACCCAGAACCCUGGAGAAAGAAGUGUCUGCCCCUCCUCCAUUGAUGUUGGGUACCACCCUGGCUUAGAGGAAAAGGUUGCCUGUCAGGGCCUCCUGGCCAGCCUGGCACAUGUCAACCGAGCUCGAGUGGGGACCACCCCUCUGGGCCGACCCAACCUCUGCCUGCCCAACAGCUGCCACAACGCUUGCCCCUUGCCGGGAACCCGCAACAUUCCUGCCAACGUCGGAAGCUGUGGGGCCUAUGGUGAAGGCACCCUGAACGGCCAUGAGAAGGUGACCAUGCAGUUCCUGAAUGACCGCCUGGCCAACUACCUGCAGAAGGUGCGGCAGCUGGAGCAGGAGAACGCGGAUCUGGAGACCAAGAUCCGGGAGUGGAGCAAAUGCCAUGAGACCACCAUGUGCCCUAACUACCAGAGCUACUUCCAGACCAUUGAGGAGCUCCAGCAGAAGAUCCUGUGCAGCAAAGCUGAGAAUGCCAGGCUGGUUAGCCAAAUUGACAAUGCCAAACUGGCUGCUGAUGACUUUAGGAUCAAGCAUGAGAGUGAGCACUCCCUGCGCCUGCUGGUGGAGGCAGACAUGUGUGGGAUGCACAAGCUCCUGGAUGACCUGAGCCUGGCCAAGGCCGACCUGGAGGCCCAGCAGGAGUCCCUGAAGGAGGAGCAGCUCUGCCUCAAGAGCAACCACGAGAAGGAAGUGAACAUUCUAAAGUGCCAGCUGGGAGACAGGCUCCGGAUUGAGCUGGACACGGAGCCCACCGUGGACCUGAGCAGGGUGCUGGAGGAGAUGCGGUGCCAGUACGAGACCAUGGUGGAGACCAACCGGCGUGAUGUGGAGCAGUGGUUCGAAGCUCAGUCUGAGGGCAUCAGCCUGCAGGCCUCGUCCUGCUCUGAGGAGCUGCAGUGCUGCCAGUCGGAGAUCCUGGAGCUGAGAUGCACGGUGAACGCCCUGGAGGUGGAGCGCCAAGCCCAGCACCACCUGAAAGACUGUCUGCAGAACUCCCUGUGUGAGGCCGAGGCCCGCUUCGGCACCGAGCUGGCCCAGAUGCAGUGCCUGAUCAGCACCGUGGAGGAGCAGCUGGCCGAGAUCCGGGCUGACCUGGAGCGGCAGAACCAGGAGUACCAGGUGCUGCUGGACGUCAAGGCCCGGCUGGAGUGUGAGAUCGCCACGUACCGGAACCUUCUGGAGAGCGAGGACUGCAAACUUCCCUGCAAUCCCUGCUCUACACCGGCCUCCUGUACCCUUCGUCCAAGCUGUCCCCCGCCAGCCUGUGGAUCUUCAUGA